UGAACAUGUCAAAUAAAGAGAAAUGUAUGCAGUUCGAUCCAAGUGAUGAUACUGAAAUUGUUGACAGCAAUGUAAUGCGUCAAUCUUUGUCUUCCAUCACAAGAGAACUACAAAGAUUUCAUUUCAAAGAUCAAGAUUCCAACGCUGACCGUGAUGUAUUUGAAAUCGUUAAGCAAUGCAAAGAAAAUUUACAAUCAAAGAGGAAGAAGAUGAAAACAUUGAACGAAAAAAUCAAAACUGCUUGCUUCGUAGCAAGUACGGUUAUGUCAGCUAAGGAUAGAGAAUCUGAUAAAAUGAAAGCACUUGUUGAAACUAUAGAAAACAAUACUGUCAAGGUUAUUCAAGACAAUACAAAAUUGAAGCAAAUUAUUCAAGACCUAACCAAGGAAAACUUAAAGGUUUACAAUAAAAUCGACAAUCUUAAUAGCUGGAUUAAAUUGGGAUAUGAAAAAUUACAGAAUCUCCGUAAUCAACCUGUAGAAGAUAUAAGCCUAUUUAAUAAAUUAAAAACGAUAAUAUUUUAUUGUGGUCAGUAUUAUGCCGAUUACCAAAAUGAGGUUCAAAGAUGUGAGCAAUUAGAACAAAAAACGCGCUUCUACUAUAACAAGCUAAAAAUUUUAGAAAGUGAUUUUAAGAAUGUUACUAAUGAAGUUAAAAGUUUACGACAUCAGAAUAUGAAGCUACAACGCAUAAAAUAUAAUGACAAAAGACUUAUCACAAAUACACCAGUAGUACUUACUGGAAGUACAGUAAAAAUUUCACAGAAAAAUGCUUCCGAGGAAAAUCUGUCAACGCUUUGUAAACAUGGAAGAGUACCGGAACCUUUUGAUUUAUCAUUGCAUUUAUCCAUUGUUCGAAAACUGCUUCAUGAUCAAAGCAUAAUGAUUCAAAACUUAAAUCAAUUGUCGGAAGAAGUUAAUGCAUGUGAAUAAUAAUUGUAAAAGUUGAAUAACUCAUUUGUUAUUAAUCAUAGUUAGUGAUAAACUUUAAACAAAUCUGGCGAGAAUCAAUGCGUAUCAUACUUGACAAA